AAAAAAAAAACACCCGCUGACAGCCAGCUGAUCUGGUGGCGUGACGUCGUAAAGGUGCGACGCAUGAUCAUGCGAUAAAUCCAGAAUGGGUACCCAAAUAAAAGAUGUGGUCAUCAAGGAUGAUGCCCCCAAUGCGCUCAUAUUGGACAAGCAUGCCGACUAUAUAGCAGCAUAUGGUUCUAAAAAAGAUGACUACGAGUACACGGUAUCAGAAUACCUGAGGAUGAGUGGCAUCUACUGGGGUCUGACCGUUAUGGACCUCAUGAGCCAGCUACCGAGGAUGAACUGCGAGGAGAUCACAGAGUUCAUCAAGUCCUGCCAGCACGAGUGUGGAGGCAUCAGUGCGAGCAUCGGACACGACCCGCAUCUACUGUACACCCUCAGUGCAGUGCAGAUCCUGUCGCUGUAUGACAACGUUCAGGCUCUUGAUGUGGAUAAGCUGGUGGAGUACAUCAAGGCCUUGCAGCAGGAGGACGGCUCGUUCGCUGGGGACAAAUGGGGAGAAAUCGACACACGGUUUUCCUUCUGCGCUGUCGCCACACUCGCCCUACUGGGGAAGUUGGACGCCAUCGACGUCGACAAGGCGGUGGAGUUCGUCUUGUCCUGCAUGAACUUUGACGGUGGGUUCGGCUGCCGACCCGGCUCCGAGUCUCAUGCCGGCCAGAUCUACUGCUGCACGGGCUUCCUGUCGCUGACGGGUCAGCUGCACCGGCUCAACGCCGACCUCCUGGGCUGGUGGCUCUGUGAGAGGCAGCUGCCUUCGGGGGGGCUCAACGGCCGGCCGGAGAAGCUCCCAGACGUGUGCUACUCGUGGUGGGUGCUGGCCUCUCUGAAGAUCAUCGGUAGGAUCCACUGGAUCGACAAGGCCAAGCUGCGGGCCUUCAUCCUGGCCUGCCAGGACGAGGAGACCGGGGGCUUCGCCGACCGUCCAGGGGACAUGGUGGACCCCUUCCACACGCUGUUCGGUGUGGCGGGCCUCUCCCUGCUGGGGGAGGAGCAGGUGAAGCCCGUCAACCCCGUGCUCUGCAUGCCCGAGGACGUCCUGCGCAGGAUAGGCCUGGAGCCCGAGCUGCUCAGCUGAGAGCGCCGCUGCCUCCUCCCUCCCUCCCUCCCUCCCCCCCAGACCCCCUUCUUAAUACCGACCACCACCUCCACCACCCCCCCACCUGAGACCCACCCCCACCUCUCACACCAGCCGCUCACUCACACCCUCCCGAUCACCCCAGAGAGAGAGUGUGAGAGAGAGAGUGAGAUUGACGGAGAGAAAGUGAGAGAUUGAGUGAGUGAGUGAGUGAGUGUGUGAGAGAGAGUGAGAGAUUGAGUGAGUGAGUGAGUGAGUGAGUGAGAGAGUGAGAGAUUGAGUGAGUGAGUGACAGAGGGCGAGAGAGUGAGAGUGAGUGAGGGAGUGAGUAUGAGAGUGAGAUUGACGGAGAGAAAGUGAGAGAUUGAGUGACAGAGAGAGUGAGAGAUUGAGUGAGAGAAAGAGUGAGAGAUUGAGUGAGUGAGUGACAGAGGGCGAGAGAGUGAGAGUGAGUGAGGGAGUGAGUAUGAGAGUGAGAUUGACAGAGAGAAAGUGAGAGAUUGAGUGACAGUGAGAGAUUGAGUGAGUGAGUGAGUGUGAGAGAGUGAGAGAUUGAGUGAGUGAGUGACAGAGGGCGAGAGAGUGAGAGUUAGUGAGGGAGUGAGUAUGAGAGUGAGAUUGACAGAGAGAAAGUGAGAGAUUGAGUGACAGAGAGGGCGAGAGAGAGUGAGAGAGUGAGUGAGUGAGUGAGUGAGUAAGUGAGUGAGUGAGAGAAAGAGAGAGAGUGAGUAACAGAUAGAGAGAGGUUAUGGUGGCUUGGGGUGAGUGGGUGGAAGGAGUCUUGUUUUAGCUAGCUUGCUCUGCAGACAACCCAAGGACCAACUGCUGGGAGGCGGACAGGCCAGAACGACGGCAGUGAAUUCCUCCCCGGGUGUACUUUGUGUUUAGGGUCUAAUCUUCAAAUGAUUGGGAAAGAAGAUGUGUAAAAGUGGGGACGGUUAAUGCAAAACAUUUACGAAUACACCCACCAUUCCACCUACCGUUGACUCGCUCUUCAACAGCGGUUGAACUGAAGAUGUAGCUCCUACGGCUAGCGAGCGGUUCCGUGUCGGGUAGAGCGCGCCGCAGCGCUACUACAUACGUGUUCGGUACUGUGUCUGAGAGCUAGCCGCCGCCGCCGCUGUGUCACCACCAGCUCACCGUAGUCGCCGAGAACCGAACACCUUGUACUCCUAUGCGUGCUCAAGGUUGAAGGUCAAGUGUUGCACUGACCUUUAAUCAGCAAUAUGAUUGUUAUGCUUCUAACAAACCAACUUUCAACAAAACCCUGUGUAGCCGAUUUGGUCUCUUCUGAGCGGGGGCGUCGCCGAAAACGACCGCAGAGGAUCUGCAAAUGAGAACUUAAUGUCUGGAAAAUGUCUGUGGGAGGGGUAUCAUUGGGUCGUAUUGAUAUGCGGGGGCCUCAUCUAUAUACUGCUACACCUUACAGCUGGAAAGGUGUUUUACUAAGUGGAGUUUGGCUCAUUUCAUGACUGGAAACACGGACACACACACACACACACACACACACACACACACACACACACACACACACACACACACACCAUAUUAAUGUAGAACAUACAGUAGCAGUGAUAUCAGCUUUUUAGCUCCAGGGGAUUUCAUAAUUUAUGCACAGUCACAGCUACACUAAUUUAUUUUUGAUGUUCGUGUCAUUAUCCCAUUGUCAACUGUCUGUACAUCGCAAGACGGCAAACCUUUGCGUGUCAGUUCUCCCAGGGUCACAGCUGUCAAUAUCUCCACUUUCGCCAUGCCUCACUUUGAUAUUGAGAGUGGUCCAUUGUAAAGAAACAUUGAUUUCUUGUCUUUUUUUUUCUCUGUUUACCGCAUUGAGCGCAUUGAGCGUCUUAUUUGUCCACCUGUCUUCCUUAUCGUCAAUUUGGUCCAUGUGGCUGUUUGCUCAUGUCUGUUUUCUUAUAACCGGAUGGAAUAAAUAAAUGUGUAAAUUGCCAUUUCUGGUAUCCAUUUCAGUCUUAAUCCUUAUUAUCCCGUUGGAGUAUUUUCUGGUCAUGGUCCGCGAAAUGCUGUGAAGUACAAUCAGACCACUAGAUGGCAAUAGUGCCACUUAUGACAUUGCGUCGCCCUGCGGUCCGACCAGACCGAUACCGACCAACGACAAUCAACGGCACAUUUUUCUAUGAUUUGGCCACUGAUAAUUUUCUAUAAUCACAAUCAGUCAAAAAGAUAGAAAUACGAUGGCUCUAAAUCCCUAUCCAUGCCUAUGAUAAAACACACAAAAAAUAAUUCCACUUUGAUCCAUUAACUAAACUAACAUCUCUACCUGCUAUUAUAGGCCUACUCUUUUUGCUUAUUACUGUGGUUAUUUUCAACCAUGAUAGUCUUUAUUUAAUUACCUAACGUGUGCCGGCGGGUCUCUGAUCUGGGAAAUGCAAUAGGAGUCAUGUAUUUAACAGACAUAGCAGUCAUUUGAAGCAUCCAGGUGUGUUUAGCGACAACAUAGUGCUGGUGGCUCAAAGCGAGAGAAAGAUAAAUAAAGAUAGACAGGGACACAAAGACACAACGGAGAGCUGGUUG